ACACUUUUAUAAUCGGAUUUGAACUUUGUUAUAAUUAUGUCACAAAAAUUAAACAAUAUGCUUGAAACAGUAAGACUUGGGAUAAUAGAAUAGGAAUUUAUGAUCGUCUACACAUUUUACUUUUUAACCUAAAUAACAUGCAGUCGCAAUUUCUCUGUUAAAGUUUUCCUCUUGUAUUUGGAUAUGAAUUGGACCUAUUCAUAAAGGAUUUCUACAGAAACAAUGUGGAUACGCCUGUCCACAUCAUGGUUUAUACUACUGCUGAUAGCCAGCUGUGUUCUUGCAGAACAAAAAAAUUCUCAAAGAUCAGUUUUUAUGGAAUGGACUUCGUGGACAGUUUGUUCAAAAACCUGCAAUCAAGGUAUACAAAUGAGGACGAGAGAUUGUGCGGACAGAAGUAAAGACUGCAAUCAAACUGAGAAGCAACUAAAAGUGUGUCAGCAACAGGAAUGCAAAGGAAAAGUAAGAGAUUCGAGAGAUCUUCAAUGUCAACAUUUCAGUAGCAAGGUUGUUCAUGGAAGGAGGCAUCACUGGCUUGGAUAUACACAUGAACGGAAUCAAUGUGAAUUAUACUGUAAAGCUUCAUAUUAUGGAUUUUAUAUGAAGUUUGGGGAUAAAGUUGAGGACGGAACCACAUGUAAAGAUUAUAAAAGUGAUGGCAUAUGUGUUAAUGGGCGAUGUCAGAUUGUUGGCUGUGAUGGUAUUGCUGGAUCAAAUGCCAGGUUAGAUCACUGUGGUGUAUGCAGUGGAGACAGUUCAUCAUGCCAGCUAAUAUCAGGAAUAUUCACUAGGAGAUACCUUAAAUAUGGAUAUAACUUGAUCAGUCGUAUUCCUUCCGGAGCAUGUAACAUCAACAUAACAGAAAUGUCCCGCAGUAGGAAUUAUUUAGCAUUAAGACAAACAGAUGGCGACUACAUUAUCAAUGGAAAUUAUAGACUUACUAGAAACGAAGUUUUCAGAGAAGCGGGAACAACUUUCACUUAUCAUAGAAACAAACGAUCAGAAGGCUGCCGAUCGCAGUGUAUUAUGGCCGACGGGCCUACAACGAAAUCCAUUGACUUAGAGUUGCUGUUUUACCAGGUAAAUACUGGUAUCAUGUAUCAAUUUACCGUGCCGAAUAAUUUAACAGACUAUUUUAUGCAAAAUAUGGUGCCUAAUCUUAGAGAAAAUCGACGAAAUCCUAGUGCACAACCAACUAAUCGUGAUGCACAUCUUAGUAAACAAAAAGACGUUCAUAUGAUAACAAAUCCAAAUGAACUUCAUAAGUAUAGAACACAAGUAAAUAAUAACCAGAAUUCUAGGAAUAUCAAUUCUCAAGCAGCUGUACAGUCUAGACCUAGUUUUGACAACACUUACAACACUAAUGAUAACAUAAGGAAUACAAAUAGUGAUACAGGUAAUACGCGUGUUAAACCAACAAAAAGUGAACAGCAACCGGUCGGCCAAGGUGGAUAUUCUUAUUCAGGAGGAUUAGGAGCAUACAACCAGGCUGCUACUGGUGACUACGGUCAGCAAUCGCCAGGAAAUAACAAUGUCCUAUCAGGGCAAGAAAGUUUCUACGGUAACAAGGGGGGUUAUCCGGUAUAUAGUAAUGGCAUUCCACUGGGCGGAUCUGUAAAUGGUGUGCCGCUUGGCGGUUCUGCAAAUAGGGUAUCACAGGGAGGAAUUCCUCUCGGUGGAGGUUCAAAUGGUGUACCUCUUGGUGAAACAGUACAGAAACCACGUUUAGUAAUUGCUAACCAUAUACCUGACAGUAAAAACUAUUUUUGGAGAAUAUCAGGAUUUACAGAAUGUUCAAGAACUUGUGGAGGAGGUGCACAGGAAACAAAGAUUAUAUGUUUAAAAAAAGAUACCAACGUUAUGGUGACUAAUGAAAAUUGCGAUCCUCGAUUGAAACCACAGUCACAAGUGCUUAAAUGCAAUUCUAACAUAUGUCCACCAAAUUGGGAGUCUGGUAACUGGUCAGAUUGCAGUGAAAGCUGUGGACAAGGGAUGCAGACAAGACCAGUGCUGUGCAAACAGUUAAUAGAUUCUGAACUACAUUUAGACGUCCCAACUUCUCGAUGCGAUUCAAGAACCAGGCCAGAAUCAGCCAGGAGUUGCAACACAAGAGCUUGUGCUGAAUGGACUAAUGGAGAAUGGGGAAAGUGUUCUGUGAAUUGUGGUCGGGGAAAACAAGAACGAGAGGUUUACUGCAAGCAUGUAGAUGGCAAAAAUACCACAGAGUCAAUUUGUCUAGGUUCCAAACCACAAACAUUAAAGAGUUGUGAAAUGGGUGUUUGUGCAGUUGGUUGGUUUUACUCAAAGUGGUCAAGACGGUGCUCAUCUAGUUGUGGCACUGGAUACGUAACAAGGAAGGUUUUCUGUUCAGCAGCAGACGGUGCACCACUACCUGAAAGCAAAUGCUCCAAGUCAAAACCGAGGGAAAAGAGGCCAUGUCGCAAUAGGAUUCCAUGUGGCGGCAUAUGGUUCACGGGUCCAUGGUCAAAGUGCUCUGUGACAUGCGGAGAUGGGAUGAAGAAAAGAGAUGUUAUAUGCAUGAAAAAAUUAGGCGAAAAGCUCAUCACUGUGGUUGGAGAUGAAAACUGUUUAUCAAAACAAAAACCAUCAAUAACUAAACGAUGCAAAGAUUUACCGCCUUGUCAAGCGGAAUGGUUUAUGACUUCUUGGUCAAAGUGUUCAAAAUCUUGUGAUGCUGGAACAAAGUCAAGAUUGGUGAAGUGUUUAGACGAAGAUUUAAGUCCGAGUUCAACAUGUUCUGAAGAUCAUCGUCCGACUGUACGUCACGUGUGUAAUACUGAUUCAUGUGACCUUCCACAACUCGAUGAAGAUCCAACCUGCAUAGAUAAACUUUCAAACUGUAAAUUAGUACCACAAGCAAAAAUUGAACUCUGCGAUUAUCCAUUCUACAAGACUGCAUGUUGUCGGUCUUGCAAGAAGCGAGAACACAUAACACAUGCCAACAGAACUCAUUCAUGAGGAUAUUUGUAAAGUGUUAAUUUACUGUGAGGAAGGUCUAAUUAGUUCAAGGAUUAAAACAGCAUUGUUAAUGAGUGUUGUGAUAUAACUGUGCUAGUGCUGACAUAAUAUUACAAUGUGGAAAAUUGAGCAAGCUUUUCCUCGCUGAGCUUAGUCAUGAUAGAAACAUUAUAUAAUACUUGAGUUGUAAUUUUGUGUACAAACCACUUUAAAGUGCUUUAUAUGCGUUGACAAAAGUGUAGGGCUAUAUUAUGAAUGCAUGAUUAGAAAGUAGCUACACAGUCGCUGUUAUAAAUGAUAUACAAUGUACAAUAAUGUGUAUGAUAAUGGUUAUUUGAAGCGUUUAGUUAUUACUGUAGUACAUGCUUUGUUUUUUUACGUUUCCAUUAUUCUUUAUCUAGUCAAGUAUAUUUUUCUGAGUUCGCCGAAUGAAAGUUUAUUUAGAGAAUUUCUUCUGUAUCAAUAUGUAUUAAUAAGAAAUCUGUUAAUUUUCUAUGAGAUGAAGAUUUGUUCUUCUAAUUCAUUGUUUUACGAACGAUUUGUUCUUGGAUGCCGGUCAUAUUUUAAAAUACUUCAGUUAGUAACGUUCAAAAGGGUUAAAUAAGUUUCUACAAUAACAUUCUCGGGGCCAAAUGGUCUGAUCGUAACUUUUUGAUUACGAACUACAGUAGUCGAAGCCACCUAUCAUAGCAACACUUAUAUCUAUGUCUUGUAAAAAUGAGCAUUUAGCAUAGCUUUUGGCUAUUCUUUAUAAUUGUUUUUGCAGUUAUGAAUAAUUAAUGCUCUAUAUGUGCCUAAUAUAAUAGUUUUGGAACACACAAAAAGAUGAAAGACACAAAAUUGAAUUGAAGAAAAAUUCGUUUAGAUCUGUUGUGCUUGAGUUUUAGAAUUUGUUAUUUGGAUCGUAUUACUUUAUUUGAUUGAACUCUAGAAUAAUAAAUGUAAUCUUAAUUAUGUAUGUGAAACAACAGGGUAUGAAUGUUUUAACAUAACUUUUCAUAUAUAUUUUCACUUCUUUAACGAGAAUAAACCUAUUAUGAAGUAAGUAUAUCUGAAAUGUAUUGGUAUUAUAUAAAAGUUUAUGCUAAGCAUAAAACACUAGUGGUUGUGAAUGUUAGGGUCAUCCAUUUCCAUUUACCAUAGAAAUCAUCAUGUUCAUCAUCAUUAUUAAAUACUUUUUAAUGAAGGGCACAUUAAAAUAUCGAUAGGGCAUACUUGAUAAAAUGGCGAGCUUGUUAGCGACAUAUCGAUACUUUGUUAUUAAGCAGUGCAGACUUUGUUUCCUAUCUACCUCUAUCACGUACAUUCAUAAGAUUAUUUCUGUAAUGUAAAGAGAAUGCAGGAAUAUGUGUAUUAUUCAGUUGAUAGAAUAUUACAUUUUUUAAUUUUUUAUGUUGUCCAUCAACGGGAACUUUGUUGGUAGUCUUAAUGGUUUUCCUCUGUUCGUCUAUUCUUCCUUAUAGUUGUGGUAUUUGAAUUAAUAGUUGUUCCCUCCUUUUUUGUUUUUGCUAGCAACACUUCGAAAUAACCAGUAAAAUCAAGUAAUACUGGAAACGUUAUUGGAAUAUUUUAGAUUUUGCUCCAAACUGAUCUAACAUAAUUUUGUAUGAGCUGCGUUCUAGAACCAGUGCUCAGUCAUAUUGCAGUUUGCGGUUCCCAAAAGAUGCCGGGUGUUGAUUUAACAUCUGGGCAUGGCCUUUUGCGAUGUCAAAUGUUCUGUACCAAGAAACAAUGUCAACACUCUUUGCAGAUAUUUGUCAUUAUACAUGCAUGCCUUAUUUUCAUAGAUAUUGUCGAUACAAAAUUGUUAUGUUGAUUCAGCAUACUUAUUUUAAUUCUCAUCUAACAUUCAUGACAAUCAUGUAAUAUCUGUUGAAUAAAUGUGUUCAAAAUA